AUGUCGUGUGAAGACAGCACCGUACUUGGAGACACAUUAACCUCCCCUAGCAUGGCAACGAGGCCACAGCUAGAGCACACACAGUCAGAACAACAUGAAUCGCAAAUUCACCGUCCAAAUGUGACUCUCGAACAAAUUAGCGAGUUACUGGACAGAAAACUAGAGCUCCAGAAAACAUCCAUUAUAUCAGAAAUAAACGCCCAGUUAAAAAUGGAAAUGAAAACCCUCAUACAAAAUGAAAUCAAAUGCUGUCUUAGCAAUUAUAAGGCUGAAAUGGACCUUAACAUGAACUCCCUAACCGUAGAUCAAAGCGUAUUAAAUAAAAAAAUUGAUGCUUUAACGUUGAGGAUCAAUUCUCUAGAAGCGGAAUACACUUCAUUAAAAAACGAAAGCAAAAUAAAAGAGCCCAACAAUCAAAUCGACACAUCUAUAGUAAAUAACUCCCUUGCAAGUUCAUAUGUGCCCGAGAGCAAUAGCAGAAAAUUUGUAGUUUACGGCAUCGCCGAAUAUUACCAAGAGUCCGAAUGGGACCUCCACAAUAGAGUCAUCGAGGCUUUCCGCGACCUAAUGGAAGUGGACCUAGUAGGCUACAUUGAGGAAACAUACCGAGUAGGCCGAAGAAGUAAUAGAAACCGCCCGCUAGUAGUAGAGCUUAUCAGUAAAAGGAUGACAAAAUAUAUUUUGAAGAAUAACCAUUAUUUACGGGGGACUGGACUAUUUAUAUCAGAAUUCCUGGACGCCAAUUCACUCAAAGAACGAAAUGCAAUGCGCGAAAAAAUGUUUGAAGCUAGGAAAAAGGGUCUACAUGCAGUAAUAAGUAAUAACCAGCUAAUCGUAGAUGGAAAGAUAGUAGACCUGAAGUUAACGAAUGAACGACAAGAAAGAAUCAUCAAGAGCGAUGAAAUUACAUCCAAGGACAUACAACAGCCACAGACAGCAAACGAGCAUGACAUAAACCGGACAUUUCGGAAUCAAUAA